UUACAGCUAAAACAUGGCACGUACAAAGCAAACCGCCCGUAAAUCAACUGGAGGAAAGGCUCCACGAAAGCAGCUGGCUACAAAAGCAGCCCGCAAAAGUGCGCCCUCUACAGGUGGUGUGAAGAAGCCCCAUCGUUACAGGCCUGGAACUGUUGCCCUGCGUGAAAUUCGCCGCUACCAGAAAUCAACCGAGCUGCUGAUCCGCAAGCUCCCGUUCCAGCGACUCGUGAGAGAGAUUGCUCAGGAUUUCAAGACUGAUCUGAGGUUCCAGAGUGCUGCCAUAGGGGCCCUGCAGGAAGCUAGCGAGGCCUAUUUGGUUGGUCUGUUUGAAGAUACUAAUCUCUGUGCCAUCCAUGCCAAGCGUGUGACCAUCAUGCCCAAAGACAUCCAGCUUGCCCGCAGGAUACGAGGGGAGAGGGCAUAGACGCACGUGGAAACUAUUUUUUAGUAAACGCCGUAUAUAUUACUUUGGUUUUAUUUCGUGUUUAUUUUAUAUAAAUCUGUAUUUUUAUCUUACAACCAUUCCAUCUGUCAGGGUGAAUGCUUAUGAUCAAGGCUGCCCUUUGUUGCCUGCAGAAAGCAGGGACUUCAAUGUAGGACAGCAGGUGCUUUUUUGCUAUUUGUAUGAUGUUCCAGGGUGCUUUGCAGCCAA